AUGUAUAUAGCUUCAAUGGUGGAUAAGACACCUACAACUAGAAAAACUAAGAACUCAAAUUCAAGGCGCAGUGACACCAAAGUUUACUAUUUAAAAGUAAACGAUAAAAAGGAAAGAGUUUGCUUAAAAACAUUUUUGGAAACAUUGGGCAUAAAAGAAUGGACAAUUCGAUAUUGGCUAGGAGAGAAGACGACUAUCGACAAUGAAUCUGAACCAAGUGCUGUAGUAGCCACAGAAACAAAAAAAGAAUCAGCCAGAAAAUACUUGAUGGCGCUACCGAAACUACCGUCUCAUUACUGUAGACAAUCUACUUCAAAGCUAUAUUUAGAACCCAUCAUACAAACAAAAUCACAAUUGUAUCGUCUAUAUGUAGACUACUCAGUUUCGCGAAAUGAACCUGUGGCCUCUAGGAAGGUAUUUGAAGGGGUUUUAUUCGAAGAGAACAUCAGUCUAUUUCAAUCAAAGAAAGACGCAUGCGACCAGUGCUGCGCUCACAAAGCAGGUAACAUGUCAGAUGAGCAGUAUAUAAAACAUAUUGAGCUAAAAGACUUAGCUAGAAUUGAAAAAACCCUUGACAAAGAAGCAGCACGGAAAGGGACGAUACAUGCAUUAACAGCAGAUCUUCAAGCAGUCAAAUUGUGUCCUUCACUCAACGCCAGUGCACUAUAUUUUAAGACAAAACUUGCCGUCCACAACUUUACAAUUUACAACCUGGGAACUAAUGGAGUCGCGUGUUACUGGUUCGACGAGACGGCAUGCGACUUAAAAGCUACUACAUACGCAUCAUUUCUUGUAGAUUAUUUAACUAAAUUACUGGAAAAUGAUCCAAAGGAUGUAGUAUUGUUCACAGAUGGCUGCACAGCCCAGAAUAGGAAUAAUAUUGUGUCGAAUGCGUUGUUGCGUUUGGCCAUGGCCAAGAACAUAGUUAUAACUCAAAAAUACUUGGAAAAGGGCCACACUCAGAUGGAAGUCGAUUCGGUGCACUCGGUGAUCGAAAGAAAAUUGAAAAAUCGAGAAAUAUUUCUACCCUCACAAUACGCAACAAUCACGAAGGAGGCCAGAAAAGUGCCGAGUCCUUACCAGGUUAUUACUCCUGAUCAUACAUUUUUUAAAAACUUUGCUCAUAAAGAUCACCUCAUUUAUGAUUCAAUAAGACCUGGUCGUGGGGCGGGUGAUCGUGUCGUCAUGGACAUAAGGGCCCUAAGAUACAGUCCUAGUGGGACAAUUGAUUUUAAACUCCACUUUGUAGACGAUUUUGUUCCUUUACCUAGGAGACCAAAAAAUAUAUUAUCUGACUCUUUAAUUGCGAGUUACGACAAAAGCAGAAUGGUGUCAGUCGCCAUGAAGACCGGCCUUCUCAUGGGCUUCGGAGCCGUGUUUGUUGUGGUCGGAGCCAUCAUGGUGGUAUACUGGCCGACGAUAUUCUUAACACAAUUACAGAGGAUGAUGACCUUGUCACCUACGUCGAGGUCAUUCGGCAUAUGGCGCCAGAUCCCAAUCCCCAUGUACUUGGAGUGUUACAUGUUCAACAUAACCAACGUGGACGAGAUCCUGGCCGGCAAGAACGUCACACUGAAAGUCGAGCAGUUGGGACCUUACGUGUACAGAGAGAGCCAUACUAAGGAGAACGUAACGUGGAACGACAACAGCACCGUGACCUACUACAACGAGCGCUGGUGGCACUUCCAGCCGGAGUUGUCCAACGGCAGCCUCAGCGAUAACAUCACCAGCAUUAACCCCAUCGUAGCGACCGUGGCGUACGUACUGCGCCACCAGCCGAUAUUCCUACGCGUUGCUGUGGAUGUGUUCAUGAGAAUGAACCACGAGAACCUGUUCCUCACUGCCAACGUGUCCUCGUGGCUCUUCGACGGGAUCGAGGACCCCCUGUUCGAUAUCGCGGCACACUUUCCCGACCUUCCCUUCCCUGUACCAUUCGACAAGUUCGGUUGGUUUUACUCGCGCAAUGGGUCUCAAGAGUACGAUGGUGUAUUUGUUAUAAACACCGGCGCCUCGGACUUCUCGCAGCUGGGCAACGUGGAGAUGUGGCGAAACUCGAACCGCACAAUGUACAGAGACGAAUGUGGCGAAGUGCGCGGUUCCACAGGGGAGCUGUGGGCACCUGAACUUGGUCAGCCGGAGGUGGUCGUCUUUGCGCCUGACAUUUGCACGUACCUAACCCUGCCCUUUAGCAAUCCGAUCGCCGUCGAGGGCAUUGAGGGGAUGCAGUACGCCUCCAACGACUCUAUAUUCGACAACGGAUACCGAUACCCAAACAAGGCAUGCUACUGCGAUGAAAUCCGCGAUGAGAACUGUCUCCCAUCAGGAGCGCUGAACGUAUCGUCGUGUCGCUUCGGUGCACCAGCUUUUGUCUCGCUCCCACACUUCACGGGGAUGGAUCCCUACUAUGCAGACAAGAUUGACGGACUUAAUCCUACUGACGAGUAUAAUUUCAAACUGGCGCUGGAGAUGUACACGGGCAUGCCGCUGAUGGUGCAAGCGCAGCUGCAGAUCAACCUGUUGGUGCGCCACGUGUCUGGUAUCACGCUGAACAACCAGCUGCCGGACGCUGACGUGCUGGUGCCGAUGUUCUGGUUCAGGCAGGAGGUGCGCAUCGACGAGAACUACGCACGUCUCGCUCGUUUCGCCCUCAACUUGCGAGACAGCAUGCCUUACGGAUUCUACGCGCUCACUGCAAUCGGCAUAUUGUUAUUGGUAGUUGGAAUCGUCUUCUUGAUGAGGAAACUGCUGAAAUCUCCAGCAACGGCGCCCAUUUUGAACGAAACGUCCGUCUCCGAUGAGACCCAGUGA